AUGCCGCGAGAUCCUGUUCCUGUUUCAAUAGAGCACCUCCCCAUUGCUCGUGAGCUGGGGAGGGAGCUGGAGAAGUUCGACCCCAAUCUCUAUUUCCGCGCGACCUCAGACCAUCUGCAUCACACCUGGGCCAAAACCUUUUUCUCCCGACCGGAACUCUACAUUCGCCCUCGAUCGAUUCCGGAAAUCCAACAACUGGUCACUGUUGCGCGCCGACUCCGCCGUCGCCUCGUGACCGUCGGUAGUGGCCAUUCUCCCUCCGAUUUAACAUGCACCUCGUCCUGGCUCGUCAACCUCGAUGAUUUCAACCGCAUUCUACACGUCGACGUGGAAACCCAUUCUGUCACCGUCGAGGCAGGUAUUCGAUUGAGCGAGCUCGGGGAUCGGUUGGAGAAGGAAUAUGGAUUGACACUGGCAAAUCUGGGGAGCAUUGACAGUCAGUCAAUAGCUGGUGUCAUCGCGACGGGAACUCAUGGCAGCUCGCUACGACACGGUCUGCUCUCGGAGUGCAUCGAAUCACUCAGCCUGGUCCUGGCAAAUGGACAGCUAGUGCGCUGCAGUCCGACCAACAACCCGUCCCUUUUCCGCGCCGCACUGGUAUCCCUAGGAGCUCUCGGUAUCGUGGUGGAGGUGACUUUCAAGGCCAGACCGUCAUUCAACAUCGCCUGGCGGCAGGAACGCUAUUCUUUAUCACAGGUGCUCGGCGAAUGGUCCACCGGUUUGUGGACAUCGCAUGAAUUUGUACGUGUCUGGUGGCUGCCAUAUGAGAAAGGCGCGAUCGUUUGGCAUGCCGAUAAGACCGACGAGCCAUUGCGCGAACCCCCCAAGAAUUUUUACGGCGACUGGUUUGGAUAUCAUGUCUAUCACAAUUUGCUCGCGCUAUCAUCUUACCUCCCACGCAUUCUUCCGUGGGUGGAAUGGUUUGUCUUCGGGAUGCAGUACGGCUUCCGAGCAGGGUCAACUGUUACCGAGGCAGUCGAGCCUGCUCGCGCUGGUCUGCUGAUGAAUUGUCUAUACUCGCAAUUUGUUAAUGAGUGGGCUCUGCCUCUUGAGGACGGCCCCGAGGCCAUUACCCGUCUGUCGGCGUGGCUGAAUGGUGACAUGAAGACGGCUCGCAUUCCAUUCUCAUCCAAAGGCCUGUGGGUACAUUGCCCCGUCGAGGUGCGAGUGUCAGAUUCAACGCAUAACCAGAACCCACGUCCUUUCCUCGAUCCGACCUGCCACAACGGACCCACGCUCUACCUGAAUGCAACGCUCUACCGGCCGUACCUCCGAGACCCGCCCUGCCGACAACGAUAUUAUGAAGCCUUCGAGUGGCUUAUGCGGGAUAUGGACGCCCGACCUCACUGGGCGAAAAACUUCAGCGUCCUUGAGGUUGAUCCCGAGGGCAUGUUCCUCGGCGAAUGGCAUCAGCGCACCUUGCCCCUGGUCGACGCGACGGAGACGCCUGACCGAGGCGAUCUCCUGCCUCUAAUGGAGCGAGAGAGCGAACGUCACAGCCUGCGCAUCAGCGGCGCUGGCGACGGCGUCGAGUGGGUUGGCGAACGCCGGUGGGAGCGUCAGUCUGAAGACGGCACAAACGAGGAAGACAAGCCGACCCCCGAGGUAAAUGCAUCAAGUCCAAUGACGGCCACCAGUGAAGAAAGUUUUGAUUUGCUUGCCAAGGGCGAAGCUAGUAUUGUGCUCCCCGAUGCCAAAUCCGCAUGA